CCAGCUCACGGCGGAAUCGCCAGAUCUGGAUAGCAGCCAGUGCCUGUGCAAAGGGAAACAGAUAUUUCGGGGUCACGAGCAGUUUAGUGGAGGUGCCAGUGAUGCCGAUGGUAGGGUCGCCGGAACAGGGACGGUACGAACGGCAGAGGAUAGCAGUAAUACCCGCACAGAUGCAUCACCACCAUCCAUAGCUGAUUGUGCAUUUCCAGCAUCCGCGUCCGCACCGCUGGAUACCUUCGCUGAGCGGUUUUUCAACCUCUCCGGCUCGUCUUCCUGGCAUGCGGCGUUCUACGUGCGAGCGGUGGCGAUCGAUCUGCAACGCAUGGGGUUUGGCGUUGUACAGUGCUACAUCACCAUCUACACAUUACUUUUCGCUAUCGGCUUCCGUGGUUUGGCGCGAUCCCUUGCGCAAAGCCGAACCGUUGAGGAAGUUGUGGAGUAUCUCCCGGUCCAUCGGGACAUGACGGCGCUCGUCGGGCAGUUUAAUUCCUGCUUUACUUAUACAUCGGCUGCGGCUUUCGUGGAUAUUUUCUUCGAUAUUAUUAUCUAUGUCAACUCCGUUCUAAAAUCCGGGGUGCUCAACAUUUCACCCGAUGAUUAUGAUGUUCUGGCCAUAAACUGCGUGUUCAUCAUCCUCAGCACGCAGUUCAUUGGGAUUCUAUUUGCCGUAGAAGCGGAAGAUGAUGUGUUGCGGAACAUUCGUGAAGUCAGUUUAGACUGCAAGGAAGCUGGCCGACCUAACUGUCAACUGGAACUCCAUGUAAGCGUUACAAACAUCUAAGGGAGAAGCUCACCCUGGCCGGUAUACCUGUCGAUCGCGUGGCUAUCCUGGCGGUACUCACCACGAUUGCGGGCUAUGUGCUGUUAAUGUCGGGGCUGGAUGACAACAAAAUCCCACCUCCGAUUUGCAGCUGCACUAAUCAUACCCUCCAAUAAGCCGGCAACAACACAAUUGCUUAGUUUAUUUUUGUAGUAUGCCUGACUCUAAAAUCAAUAUAUCUACGAGUAUAUAAACAUAUUUACAGUUAGAAGUAUAACACUUCUACCUGUACAGAUACUCGUACGCUUGUAACAUACUGUAACGCAAUUUCAUUGCCGCUUACUCUGUGACUUUUGGUCCUUUUCUGCUUUUUUUCACUUUUUUAGUUUUUGAGUAUCCUGCGGGAGAG